CUUUCAAACAAACAACACGACAUGUGCUCUCGAAGUCUGCGUGGAAGCAGACGAAACUGUGGAUUCUAAACGUUACAGGGAGAAAGGCAGAAAAUGGCGCAAGUCGCAGGGAUGUUCCGCCAAGCCUUCACGUUGCCCAGUAAGGACAUUUUACGCUGGUUUCCUGGCCACAUGUACAAAGGCAUGGAAAGAAUACAAGCCACGCUGAAAGAUAUAGACUGUGUUAUCGAGGUGCAUGACUCGCGUAUACCGUUCUCAGGCCGUAACCCUCGUUUUAGAGACAUUUUAAGACUCAGACCACACGUGCUUUUAUUAAACAAACUAGAUCUCGCCGACCUUGACACAUCUCGUCAAUCUCUCGUGAAAACCCGUUUGAGUUCGGAAGGCAUCGACAGUGUUUAUUUCACAGAUCUCCGCCAGUUUCAGCAGAGCAAAUUUCUCAAGAGCGAAAUCCUUCCUGCUAUUAUCAACCUGACGGAAUCCAGACCCCGAUUCAGUCGAAAGGGAUUGAAUGAAUACAAUAUCAUGGUGAUAGGAGUGCCUAAUGUAGGAAAGUCGACCUUUAUAAACACUGUGCGAUGGGCGAACAUAAAACGAAAGGGUCGGGCUGCUGCCGUAGGCGCAGAGGCUGGAAUUACCAAAAGUGUGGCUAACAAGAUCAAAGUGAACGCUGACCCGCCGGUCUACAUCAUAGACACGCCAGGAAUAUUUACUCCGCAAAUCCCGGAUGUUGAAACUGGCAUGAGACUUGCUCUUUGCGCAUGUCUACCAGAUUGUUUAGUUGAAGAGGAAACCAUAGCAGACUAUUUGCUGUUCAGGAUGAACAAGAUGCGCAAUUUCGCAUAUACCGAAGUUUUCGGAAUUCCCAAAGCUACAGACAAUAUCUUAGAUGUGUUGGCUCAUAUUGCCAUAAAAAAUAAGAAAGUGCUGAAAGUUCGUGAUUUUUCCAAUAAUUCCUACAAACUGAGACCCGACUUCAAAGAGGCAGGGAAGCUGAUGAUUCGUGCGUACAGAGACGGAACUUUCGGCAGAACUUUCCUUGAUGAGGAUAGAUUGAAUUAAAGCAUCCCUGUGCCAA